GUUAGCACGGAGAAGCGAAUGGAUAUGGCUAACAAGUGGCCGGUAUGGCUGAGCCUAUUGGCCAUCGUAGCUGCUUGGCACAGUGAGGCAACGUCUGCUGUGAAUCCAAUUCCUAAAAAAAUAACAGAUGUGAGUCCCAUCCAUAAUGACCAGGUUUGCAGUACGUGGGGGAACUUCCACUUCAAGACCUAUGAUGGGAGUAUUUUCCAAUUGCACUCCACCUGCAACUACAUCCUCACUUCCUCCUGUAAGAACACCUACGAGGACUUCAAUGUCCAACUGAGAAGAGAGGAGGUUGAUGGCCAUCCUACCAUCAAAAACAUCGUUCUGAAGCUGGAGGGCACAGUUGUGCAACUCUCCAAGGGCUCAGUGAUCGUGGAUGGGAAAAUAGUUGUCCUACCACAUAGUCAAGCAGGAGUACAAAUUGAGAAAACUCCCACUUACAUCACAAUCAAAGCAAAACUUGGACUUUUUGCUAUCUGGAAUGAGGAGGACUCUUUUCUGGUGGAGCUAGACACUAAGUACAAGAACCAAACCUGUGGUCUUUGUGGAGACUUUAAUGGGCUCCAGCUUCGGAAUGAGUUCUACAGUCAUGGUGUGAAAAUGUCCCCCGAGGACUUUGCUAACUUCUGGAAAAUGGAUGGUCCAACUGAAAGCUGUUCUGACUAUGACGUGAAAACAAAACCAACAGAAAGCUGCGACAAUUUGAAACCUCUGUGUCAGCAGAUCCUCACAGGUCCAGCCUUCAAUAGCUGUCACAGUCUGCUGGACAUCGACUCCUUCACUUCAGCCUGUAUGUCAGACCUCUGCCAUUGUGGCAAUAGUGAAAGCAAAACGGUAGAUCCCUCCUGCCUGUGCAACACCAUGUCUGAAUUCUCCAGGCAGUGUGUCCAUGCUGGUGGCAAGCCCAAGAACUGGAGAACCAAAGAGUUCUGCUGGAAAUCUUGUCCCUACCAAAUGGAGUACAAAGAGUGUGGGAGUCCCUGUGCUGAUACCUGCUCCAACCCGGAGGCCAGCCACACCUGUAACAACCACUGUAACGAUGGAUGCUUCUGCCCUGCAGGCAUGGUACUUGAUGAUUUAAAUGGAAAGGGCUGUGUUCCACUGAGUGAGUGCUCCUGCAGCUACAACAGCAAGACCUAUAGUCCUGGAGAGUCCUACUCAACCAACUGCAAAAAAUGCGUGUGUGAGGGUGGCCACUGGAGGUGUACAGAAAAGAACUGUCCAGGAACCUGUGCUGUGGAGGGAGGAGCUCACGUCAGCACCUUCGAUGAAAAAGCCUACACCUUUCAUGGGGACUGCACCUAUAUUCUGGCUAAGGACUGCAGUGGAAACAAGUUUGUGGUACAGGGAGAACUUUUACAGUGUGGAGUGUCGGAAAGUGAAACCUGCCUCAAGUCUGUUACCCUGGGUUUGUCUGGAGGGGCUAAUGUUAUCACGAUCCAGCCCAGUGGUAUGGUUUACGUGAAUGGCAUUUAUGCUCAGUUACCCUUCUCUGCUGUUGGGAUCACUGCCAUCAGAGGAUCCUCAUUCUAUCUGCUGGUAGAGACGUCUGUUGGCCUUCUGUUGGAGGUGCAACUAAAGCCUGUCAUGCAGGUCUAUAUCACAGUGACCAGCGAUUACCAGUCUGAGACCUGCGGUCUGUGUGGGAACUUCAACAAUAACCAAGCUGAUGACUUCCUUAAGCUCAGUGGUGUUACUGAUGCCACAGCAGCUGGUUUUGUCAACAGCUGGAAGACACGUGCUGGUUGCCCUGAUGUUAAGACCAACUUUGAGAAUCCCUGCAGUGUCAGUCUAGAAAAUGAGAAAUAUGCCCAGCACUGGUGUUCCAUGCUGACUGACCCUCAGGGAGUGUUUGCCUCCUGUCACUCAGAGAUCAGCCCUGACACUUAUAAAGAGAACUGCAUGUAUGACAGCUGUAAUUGUGAAAAGAGUGAAGAUUGCAUGUGUGCAGCAGUCUCCUCCUACGUCCAUGCCUGUGCAGUUGCAGGAAUCCAGAUCAGUGGAUGGAGGAACAGCAUCUGUGGGAAAUAUGCUAGCUGUCCCAGCAGCAUGGUCUACUCCUACAACAUCACAACCAGCAGUCGCACCUGCCGCUGCAUCGACUCCGCAGACCUUAACUGUCACAUCUCCUUCCCGCCCAUUGAUGGCUGUAUCUGUGCGGAGGGAACCUACCUGGACGACUCUGGGAAGUGUGUCCCAUCCAAGUCUUGUCCCUGUUAUGACAAAGGCACAGUUGUUCCUCCUGGACAGGUCAUCAACAAGGAUGGGGUGAUGUGCACCUGCAAGGAGGGCAAAUUCCACUGCAUUGGAGAGUUAGUUGAACAGCCAUCCUGCGCUUCUCCCAUGGUGUUUUUCAACUGCUCUGCUAAUGGUCCAGAUGCAAAGGGUACUGAGUGUGAGAAGAGUUGCAACACGUUGGACAUGGCUUGCAUGUCUACAGGGUGCGUCUCCGGCUGUAUGUGCCCAUCUGGAAUGGUAUCUGAUGGUAAAGGGGGCUGCAUCAAGCCAGAGGACUGUCCCUGUUUACAGAAUGGUGUCUCCUAUAAGCCUGGAGAGACCAUCAAAGUUGACUGUAAUACCUGUACAUGUAAAGACAGGAAGUGGCAGUGCACCACCGACCAGUGUGAUGGAACCUGCUCUGUCUAUGGUGCUGGACACUACAUGACUUUUGACCAGAAGCGCUUCACUUUUGAUGGCAGCUGUGAAUACGUUCUUACUCAGGAUUACUGUGACACUACUCAGAAUAGUGGAACAUUCAGAGUGAUCACUGAGAAUGUUCCUUGUGGAACCACGGGAACCGCCUGCUCCAAGACCAUCAAGAUCUUCUUGGGGACUGCAGAACUGGUUCUAACAGAGGGAAGUUACCAGCUGCUUUCAAGUGGAAGUGAAGAAACUGUUCCAUUCAGUUACAGCACUAUGGGCAUCUAUUUAGUUGUUGAAGCCAACAAUGGACUCAUUCUCAUAUGGGACAGGAAGACCAGCCUGUUCAUUAGACUCAGUCCAAAAUAUAAGGGUCGCGUGUGUGGGUUGUGUGGCAACUAUGACAGCAGCGCAAACAAUGACUUCACUACGAGAUCUCAUGCUGUGGUGGUAAACUCCCUGGUAUUUGGUAACAGCUGGAAGGAUUUACCAAGCUGUCCUGAUGCUCACAACAUAACUAACCCUUGCACCGCCAACCCAUACAGACAGUCAUGGUCUCAGAAACAGUGCAGCAUCAUACAAAGUGACGUCUUCUCCGUCUGCCAUUCCACUGUGGAUCCCACUCCAUACUAUGAAUCAUGUGUAUUUGACUCCUGUGCUUGUGACACUGGUGGAGAUUGUGAGUGUUUCUGCACUGCUGUGGCCGCUUAUGCUGAAUCCUGUAAUCAAGCUGGCAUCUGCAUACGUUGGAGAUCCCCUAAAAUCUGCCCUCUUUUCUGUGAUUACUACAAUCCACCUGGUGAAUGUGAGUGGCACUACAUGCCAUGUGGUUCUCCUUGCAUGAAAACCUGCAAGAACCCAUCAGGCAGCUGUUCAACACAAAUACCACCCUUGGAAGGAUGCUAUCCAAAGUGCCCCUCAGCUCAGCCAUACUUUAAUGAGGAUACAAUGACCUGUGUCUCAAAUGAACAGUGUGGCUGCUACAGUGAAGAAGGAAGACACUAUAAUAAUGGGGACAAAGUACCAACAACUGAAAACUGUCGCACAUGUACAUGCAGUUCACUGACCAUCCAGUGCCAUUACGAUGCCCAAGCUUGCACUUGCACAUAUCAAGGAAACAAAUAUCCCACCGGCAGUACCAUUUAUAACACCACAGAUGGACAUGGUAACUGCAUCACAGCAGUGUGUGGGAAAAAUGGUACCAUUGACAGAAGUGUAUACUCAUGUCCGGAAACCACAAUGACAACCACUGCAACCACUACAACCAGCCAAUCUACAACCAUCUUGGUUUUUACUACAUCAGAAACUACACCAUGUAAACCAUGUGAAUGGUCGCCAUGGUAUGACACUAGUUUCCCACUAAUGGGAACUCCUGGAGGAGACGAUGAAACCUACAAAAAGAUUAAAGAGGCAGGGCACCAGAUAUGUGACAAACCCAGUGAGAUUGAAUGCAGAGCUGUGAAAUUCCCAAACGUCUCCAUUGAUAAAGUGGGACAGGUGGUGCAAUGUGAUCUGGCAAAGGGGCUGACAUGCCGAAAUGAAGACCAGUCAGGCCCACUACCCUUGUGCUUUAACUAUCAAAUCAGAGUUCUGUGUUGUGACUAUAAUGCAUGCCCGACAACACUUGCGCCAUCAACAAAACCUACAACCCCAAUUACAAGUGACCACACUGCUGAAACACCAUGUCAAGAAAAAGUAUGUGACUGGUCGCAGUGGAUAAAUAUAGACUAUCCUGAAGUUGGACCUCUUGGUGGAGACAGUGAAACUUUGAAGGAGAUUAUCCAGAAAGGAUAUAAUAUCUGUGAGAAUCCAGUAGAGGUAGAGUGUCAGGCUGAGCACUAUCCAGGGGUACCCCUAGAUCAAUUGGGACAGACAGUAACAUGUAAUACUCAAGUGGGAUUCAUAUGUAAAAACAAUCAACAAUAUCCACCCAUUUGUUUAAAUUAUGAAAUAAAGGUGAAGUGUUGCAGGACUGUGCAAUGCAGCACAACAACAAAGCCUGUUCCAAUGACAACAACACCAGGACCACACAGUACAACUCAGUCACAUACAACCUCAUUGGUUACCAGGCCAGUUACAACUACCACAACUGAAACAACAACACCUACACCUACAACUACUACAGGCAGAGCACCUACUACCACAACCGAACACAUUACUGGAACACCAUGUCAAGAAGAAGUAUGUGACUGGUCCCAGUGGAUAAAUAUAGACUAUCCUGAAGUUGGACCUCUUGGUGGAGACAGUGAAACUUUGAAGGAAAUUAUCCAGAAAGGAUAUAAUAUCUGUGAGAAUCCAGUAGAGGUAGAGUGUCAGGCUGAGCACUAUCCAGGGGUACCUUUAGAUCAAUUGGGACAGACAGUAACAUGUAAUACUCAAGUGGGAUUCAUCUGUAAAAACAACCAACAAUAUCCACCCAUUUGUUUAAAUUAUGAAAUAAAGGUGAAGUGUUGCAGGACUGUGCAAUGCAGCACAACAACAAAGCCUGUUCCAAUGACAACAACACCAGGACCACACAGGACAACUCAGUCACAUACAACCACAUCUACAACUGGGACAGUUAUAACUACCACAACUGAAACAACAACUACACCUCCUUCUACCACAACCCAGCCUAGAACUACUAAAACCACAGCACCUACUACCACAACUGGAACAACAACUACACCUCUGCUACCUACAAGUAAAAGCACAACAUCUGCUACCACAACUGAAUUAACAACUACAGUUCCGUCAACUACACCUGUCACUUGUCCUGAGGGACAUGAAAUGAUAUGUAGUUGGUCACAAUGGCUCAGUAUGGGAGCGCCUACACCCGGCCCUAAUGGUGGAGAGGAGGCAUCCAUUCAGCAAAUAAUCUCUGCUAGUCGUCGUAAGUGCUCAGCUGUAGAAGAAAUUAACUGCAGAGCUGUCCUUUACCCAACUCUUAGCAUGUCACAGCUAGGGCAAGAUGUGAUUUGCAACAAAGAUGUGGGUCUCUUAUGUAAAAACAAUCAACAAGGACCUCAGCAGGAGUGUUUUGACUAUGAGAUGCAAAUCAAAUGCUGUGAGUGUCAAGGACCUACAUCACCUUCUACCACAACUACAACAACGUCAACCCAGACACCUACAGCUACUACAACCACAGCACCUACUACCACAACUGGAACAACAACUACACCUCUGCUACCUACAGGUAAAACCACAACAUCUGCUACCACAACUGAAUCAACAACUACAGUUCCGUCAACUACACCUGUCACUUGUCCUGAGGGACAUGAAAUGAUAUGUAGUUGGUCACAAUGGCUCAGUAUGGGAACGCCUACACCCGGCCCUAAUGGUGGAGAGGAGGCAUCCAUUCAGCAAAUAAUCUCUGCUAGUCGUCGUAAGUGCUCAGCUGUAGAAGAAAUUAACUGCAGAGCUGUCCUUUACCCAACUCUUAGCAUGUCACAGCUAGGGCAAGAUGUGAUUUGCAACAAAGAUGUGGGUCUCUUAUGUAAAAACAAUCAACAAGGACUUCAGCAGGAAUGUUUUGAUUAUGAGAUGCAAAUCAAAUGCUGUGAGUGUCAAGGACCUACAUCUCCUUCUACCACAACUACAACAACCUCAACCCAGACACCUACAGCUACUACAACCACAGCACCUACUACCACAACUGGAACAACAACUACACCUCUGCUACCUACAAGUAAAACCACAACAUCUGUCACCACAACUGAAAUAACAGCUACAACUCCGUCAACUUCACCCGUCACUUGUCCUGAGGGACAUGAAAUGAUAUGUAGUUGGUCACAAUGGCUCAGUGUGGGAGCGCCUACACCCGGCCCUAAUGGUGGAGAGGAGGCAUCCAUUCAGCAAAUAAUCUCUGCUAGUCGUCGUAAGUGCUCAGCUGUAGAAGAAAUUAACUGCAGAGCUGUCCUUUACCCAACUCUUAGCAUGUCACAGCUAGGGCAAGAUGUGAUUUGCAACAAAGAUGUGGGUCUCUUAUGUAAAAACAAUCAACAAGGACUUCAGCAGGAAUGUUUUGAUUAUGAGAUGCAAAUCAAAUGCUGUGAGUGUCAAGGACCUACAUCUCCUUCUACCACAACUACAACAACCUCAACCCAGACACCUACAGCUACUACAACCACAGCACCUACUACCACAACUGGAACAACAACUACACCUCUGCUACCUACAAGUAAAACCACAACAUCUGUCACCACAACUGAAAUAACAGCUACAACUCCGUCAACUUCACCCGUCACUUGUCCUGAGGGACAUGAAAUGAUAUGUAGUUGGUCACAAUGGCUCAGUGUGGGAGCGCCUACACCCGGCCCUAAUGGUGGAGAGGAGGCAUCCAUUCAGCAAAUAAUCUCUGCUAGUCGUCGUAAGUGCUCAGCUGUAGAAGAAAUUAACUGCAGAGCUGUCCUUUACCCAACUCUUAGCAUGUCACAGCUAGGACAAGAUGUGAUUUGCAACAAAGAUGUGGGUCUCUUAUGUAAAAACAAUCAGCAAGGACCUCAGCAGGAGUGUUUUGAUUAUGAGAUUCAAAUCAAAUGCUGUGAGUGUCAAGGACCUACAUCUCCUUCUACCACAACUACAACAAGGUCAACCCAGACACCUACAGCUACUACAACCACAGCACCUACUACCACAACUGGAACAACAACUACAUCUCAGCCACCUACAAGUAAAACAACUGAAUUUACAACUACAGUUCCAUCAACUACACCUGUCACUUGUCCUGAGGGACAUGAAAUGAUAUGUAGUUGGUCACAAUGGCUCAGUGUGGGAGCGCCUACACCCGGCCCUAAUGGUGGAGAGGAGGCAUCCAUUCAGCAAAUAAUCUCUGCUAGUCGUCGUAAGUGCUCAGCUGUAGAAGAAAUUAACUGCAGAGCUGUCCUUUAUCCAACUCUUAGCAUGUCACAGCUAGGACAAGAUGUGAUUUGCAACAAAGAUGUGGGUCUCUUAUGUAAAAACAAUCAACAAGGACCUCAGCAGGAGUGUUUUGAUUAUGAGAUGCAAAUCAAAUGCUGUGAGUGUCAAGGACCUACAUCACCUUCUACCACAACUACAACAACGUCAACCCAGACACCUACAGCUACUACAACCACAGCACCUACUACCACAACUGGAACAACAACUACACCUCUGCCACCUACAAGUAAAAGCACAACAUCUGCUCCCACAACUGAAUCAACAACUACAGUUCCAUCAACUACACCUGUCACUUGUCCUGAGGGACAUGAAAUGAUAUGUAGUUGGUCACAAUGGCUCAGUGUGGGAGCACCUACACCCGGCCCUAAUGGUGGAGAGGAGGCAUCCAUUCAGCAAAUAAUCUCUGCUAGUCGUCGUAAGUGCUCAGCUGUAGAAGAAAUUAACUGCAGAGCUGUCCUUUACCCAACUCUUAGCAUGUCACAGCUGGGGCAAGAUGUGAUUUGCAACAAAGAUGUGGGUCUCUUAUGUAAAAACAAUCAACAAGGACCUCAGCAGGAGUGUUUUGAUUAUGAGAUGCAAAUAAAAUGCUGUGAGUGUCAAGGACCUACAUCUCCUUCUACCACAACUACAACAACCACAACCCAGACACCUACAGCUACUACAACCACAGCACCUACUACCACAACUGGAACAACAACUACAUCUCAGCCACCUACAAGUAAAACCACAACAUCUGUCACCACAACUGAAAUAACAGCUACAACUCCGUCAACUACACCCGUCACUUGUCCUGAGGGACAUGAAAUGAUAUGUAGUUGGUCACAAUGGCUCAGUGUGGGAGCGCCUACACCCGGCCCUAAUGGUGGAGAGGAGGCAUCCAUUCAGCAAAUAAUCUCUGCUAGUCGUCGUAAGUGCUCAGCUGUAGAAGAAAUUAACUGCAGAGCUGUCCUUUACCCAACUCUUAGCAUGUCACAGCUGGGGCAAGAUGUGAUUUGCAACAAAGAUUUGGGUCUCUUAUGUAAAAACAAUCAACAAGGACCUCAGCAGGAGUGUUUUGAUUAUGAGAUGCAAAUCAAAUGCUGUGAGUGCCAAGGACCUACAUCUCCUUCUACCACAACUACAACAACCACAACCCAGACACCUACAGCUACUACAACCACAGCACCUACUACCACAACUGGAACAACAACUACAUCUCAGCCACCUACAAGUAAGACCACAACAUCUGUCACCACAACUGAAAUAACAGCUACAACUCCGUCAACUACACCCGUCACUUGUCCUGAGGGACAUGAAAUGAUAUGUAGUUGGUCACAAUGGCUCAGUGUGGGAGCGCCUACACCCGGCCCUAAUGGUGGAGAGGAGGCAUCCAUUCAGCAAAUAAUCUCUGCUAGUCGUCGUAAGUGCUCAGCUGUAGAAGAAAUUAACUGCAGAGCUGUCCUUUACCCAACUCUUAGCAUGUCACAGCUGGGGCAAGAUGUGAUUUGCAACAAAGAUUUGGGUCUCUUAUGUAAAAACAAUCAACAAGGACCUCAGCAGGAGUGUUUUGAUUAUGAGAUGCAAAUCAAAUGCUGUGAGUGCCAAGGACCUACAUCUCCUUCUACCACAACUACAAACCACAAACCCAGACACCUACAGCUACUAACAACACAGCACCUACUACCACAACUGGAACAACAACUACAUCUCAGCCACCUACAAGUAAAACCACAACAUCUGACCUACAUCUCCUUCUACCACAACUACAACAACGUCAACCCAGACACCUACAGCUACUACAACCACAGCACCUACUACCACAACUGGAACAACAACUACAUCUCAGCCACCUACAAGACCUACAUCUCCUUCUACCACAACUACAACAACCACAACCCAGACACCUACAGCUACUACAACCACAGCACCUACCACCACAACUGGAACAACAACUACAUCUCAGCCACCUACAAGACCUACAUCUCCUUCUACCACAACUACAACAACGUCAACCCAGACACCUACAGCUACUACAACCACAGCACCUACUACCACAACUGGAACAACAACUACAUCUCAGCCACCUACAAGACCUACAUCUCCUUCUACCACAACUACAACAAGGUCAACCCAGACACCUACAGCUACUACAACCACAGCACCUACUACCACAACUGGAACAACAACUACAUCUCAGCCACCUACAAGACCUACAUCACCUUCUACCACAACUACAACAACGUCAACCCAGACACCUACAGCUACUACAACCACAGCACCUACUACCACAACUGGAACAACAACUACACCUCUGCCACCUACAAGACCUACAUCUCCUUCUACCACAACUACAACCACGUCAACCCAGACACCUACAGCUACUACAACCACAGCACCUACUACCACAACUGGAACAACAACUACAUCUCAGCCCCCUACAAGACCUACAUCUCCUUCUACCACAACUACAACAACGUCAACCCAGACACCUACAGCUACUACAACCACAGCACCUACUACCACAACUGGAACAACAACUACAUCUCAGCCACCUACAAGACCUACAUCUCCUUCUACCACAACUACACAACAAGGUCAACCCAGACACCUACAGCUACUACAACCACAGCACCUACUACCACAACUGGAACAACAACUACAUCUCAGCCACCUACAAGUAAAACCACAACAUCUGUCACCACAACUGAAAUAACAGCUACAACUCCGUCAACUACACCCGUCACUUGUCCUGAGGGACAUGAAAUGAUAUGUAGUUGGUCACAAUGGCUCAGUGUGGGAGCGCCUACACCCGGCCCUAAUGGUGGAGAGGAGGCAUCCAUUCAGCAAAUAAUCUCUGCUAGUCGUCGUAAGUGCUCAGCUGUAGAAGAAAUUAACUGCAGAGCUGUCCUUUACCCAACUCUUAGCAUGUCACAGCUAGGGCAAGAUGUGAUUUGCAACAAAGAUGUGGGUCUCUUAUGUAAAAACAAUCAACAAGGACCUCAGCAGGAGUGUUUUGAUUAUGAGAUGCAAAUCAAAUGCUGUGAGUGUCAAGGACCUACAUCUCCUUCUACCACAACUACAACAACGUCAACCCAGACACCUACAGCUACUACAACCACAGCACCUACUACCACAACUGGAACAACAACUACAUCUCAGCCACCUACAAGUAAAACCACAACAUCUGUCACCACAACUGAAAUAACAGCUACAACUCCGUCAACUACACCCGUCACUUGUCCUGAGGGACAUGAAAUGAUAUGUAGUUGGUCACAAUGGCUCAGUAUGGGAGCGCCUACACCCGGCCCUAAUGGUGGAGAGGAGGCAUCCAUUCAGCAAAUAAUCUCUGCUAGUCGUCGUAAAUGCUCAGCUGUAGAAGAAAUUAACUGCAGAGCUGUCCUUUACCCAACUCUUAGCAUGUCACAGCUAGGACAAGAUGUGAUUUGCAACAAAGAUGUGGGUCUCUUAUGUAAAAACAAUCAACAAGGACCUCAGCAGGAGUGUUUUGAUUAUGAGAUGCAAAUCAAAUGCUGUGAGUGUCAAGGACCUACAUCUCCUUCUACCACAACUACAACAAGGUCAACCCAGACACCUACAGCUACUACAACCACAGCACCUACUACCACAACUGGAACAACAACUACAUCUCUGCCACCUACAAGUAAAACAACUGAAUUUACAACUACAGUUCCGUCAACUACACCCGUCACUUGUCCUGAGGGACAUGAAAUGAUAUGUAGUUGGUCACAAUGGCUCAGUGUGGGAGCGCCUACACCCGGCCCUAAUGGUGGAGAGGAGGCAUCCAUUCAGCAAAUAAUCUCUGCUAGUCGUCGUAAAUGCUCAGCUGUAGAAGAAAUUAACUGCAGAGCUGUCCUUUACCCAACUCUUAGCAUGUCACAGCUAGGACAAGAUGUGAUUUGCAACAAAGAUGUGGGUCUCUUAUGUAAAAACAAUCAACAAGGACCUCAGCAGGAGUGUUUUGAUUAUGAGAUGCAAAUCAAAUGCUGUGAGUGUCAAGGACCUACAUCUCCUUCUACCACAACUACAACAAGGUCAACCCAGACACCUACAGCUACUACAACCACAGCACCUACUACCACAACUGGAACAACAACUACAUCUCUGCCACCUACAAGUAAAACAACUGAAUUUACAACUACAGUUCCGUCAACUACACCCGUCACUUGUCCUGAGGGACAUGAAAUGAUAUGUAGUUGGUCACAAUGGCUCAGUGUGGGACCGCCUACACCAGGCCCUAAUGGUGGAGAGGAGGCAUCCAUUCAGCAAAUAAUCUCUGCUAGUCGUCGUAAGUGCUCAGCUGUAGAAGAAAUUAACUGCAGAGCUGUCCUUUACCCAACUCUUAGCAUGUCACAGCUAGGGCAAGAUGUGAUUUGCAACAAAGAUGUGGGUCUCUUAUGUAAAAACAAUCAACAAGGACUUCAGCAGGAGUGUUUUGAUUAUGAGAUGCAAAUCAAAUGCUGUGAGUGUCAAGGACCUACAUCUCCUUCUACCACAACUACAACAACGUCAACCCAGACACCUACAGCUACUACAACCACAGCACCUACUACCACAACUGGAACAACAACUACAUCUCAGCACCUAAGUAAAACCACAACAUCUGUCACCACAACUGAAAUAACAGCUACAACUCCGUCAACUACACCCGUCACUUGUCCUGAGGGACAUGAAAUGAUAUGUAGUUGGUCACAAUGGCUCAGUGUGGGAGCGCCUACACCAGGCCCUAAUGGUGGAGAGGAGGCAUCCAUUCAGCAAAUAAUCUCUGCUAGUCGUCGUAAGUGCUCAGCUGUAGAAGAAAUUAACUGCAGAGCUGUCCUUUACCCAACUCUUAGCAUGUCACAGCUAGGACAAGAUGUGAUUUGCAACAAAGAUGUGGGUCUCUUAUGUAAAAACAAUCAACAAGGACCUCAGCAGGAGUGUUUUGAUUACGAGAUGCAAAUCAAAUGCUGUGAGUGUCAAGGACCUACAUCUCCUUCUACCACAACUACAACAAGGUCAACCCAGACACCUACAGCUACUACAACCACAGCACCUACUACCACAACUGGAACAACAACUACACCUCUGCCACCUACAAGUAAAAGCACAACAUCUGCUACCACAACUGAAUUUACAACUACAGUUCCGUUAACUACACCUGUCACUUGUCCUGAGGGACAUGAAAUGAUAUGUAAUUGGUCACAAUGGCUCAGUGUGGGAGCGCCUACACCCGGCCCUAAUGGUGGAGAGGAGGCAUCCAUUCAGCGAAUAAUCUCUGCUAGUCGUCGUAAGUGCUCAGCUGUAGAAGAAAUUAACUGCAGAGCUGUCCUUUAUCCAACUCUUAGCAUGUCACAGCUAGGGCAAGAUGUGAUUUGCAACAAAGAUGUGGGUCUCUUAUGUAAAAACAAUCAACAAGGACCUCAGCAGGAGUGUUUUGAUUAUGAGAUGCAAAUCAAAUGUUGUGAGUGUCAAGGACCUACAUCUCCUUCUACCACAACUACAACAACGUCAACCCAGACACCUACAGCUACUACAACCACAGCACCUACUACCACAACUGGAACAACAACUACAUCUCAGCCCCCUACAAGUAAAACCACAACAUCUGUCACCACAACUGAAAUAACAGCUACAACUCCGUCAACUACACCCGUCACUUGUCCUGAGGGACAUGAAAUGAUAUGUAGUUGGUCACAAUGGCUCAGUGUGGGAGCGCCUACACCCGGCCCUAAUGGUGGAGAGGAGGCAUCCAUUCAGCAAAUAAUCUCUGCUAGUCGUCGUAAGUGCUCAGCUGUAGAAGAAAUUAACUGCAGAGCUGUCCUUUAUCCAACUCUUAGCAUGUCACAGCUAGGACAAGAUGUGAUUUGCAACAAAGAUGUGGGUCUCUUAUGUAAAAACAAUCAACAAGGACCUCAGCAGGAGUGUUUUGAUUAUGAGAUUCAAAUCAAAUGCUGUGAGUGUCAAGGACCUACAUCUCCUUCUACCACAACUACAACAAGGUCAACCCAGACACCUACAGCUACUACAACCACAGCACCUACUACCACAACUGGAACAACAACUACAUCUCUGCCACCUACAAGUAAAACAACUGAAUUUACAACUACAGUUCCGUCAACUACACCCGUCACUUGUCCUGAGGGACAUGAAAUGAUAUGUAGUUGGUCACAAUGGCUCAGUGUGGGAGCGCCUACACCAGGCCCUAAUGGUGGAGAGGAGGCAUCCAUUCAGCAAAUAAUCUCUGCUAGUCGUCGUAAGUGCUCAGCUGUAGAAGAAAUUAACUGCAGAGCUGUCCUUUACCCAACUCUUAGCAUGUCACAGCUAGGGCAAAAUGUGAUUUGCAACAAAGAUGUGGGUCUCUUAUGUAAAAACAAUCAACAAGGACCUCAGCAGGAGUGUUUUGAUUAUGAGAUGCAAAUCAAAUGCUGUGAGUGUCAAGGACCUACAUCUCCUUCUACCACAACUACAACAACCACAACCCAGACACCUAUAACUGGAACAACCACAGCACCUACUACCACAACUGGAACAACAACUACAUCUCUGCCACCUACAAGUACAACCACAACAUCUUUUACCACAUCUCAAUUUUCAACCAUAAUUCCGACAACUCCAUCUGUCACCACAACUGAAGUAACAGCUACAACUCCGACAACUCCAUCUGUCACUUGUCCUGAGGAACAUGAAAUGAUAUGUAGUUGGUCACAAUGGCUCAGUGUGGGAACGCCUACACCCGGCCCUAAUGGUGGAGAGGAGGCAUCCAUUCAGCAAAUAAUCUCUGCUAGUCAUCGUAAGUGCUCAGCUUUAGAAGAAAUUAACUGCAGAGCUGUCCUUUAUCCAACUCUUAGCAUGUCACAGCUAGGGCAAGAUGUGACUUGCAACAAAGAUGUGGGUCUCUUAUGUAAAAACAAUCAACAAGGACCUCAGCAGGAGUGUUUUGAUUAUGAGAUGCAAAUCAAAUGCUGUGAGUGUCAAGGACCUACAUCUCCUUCUACCACAACUACAACAAGGUCAACCCAGACACCUACAGCUACUACAACCACAGCACCUACUACCACAACUGGAACAACAACUACAUCUCUGCCACCUACAAGUAAAACAACUGAAUUUACAACUACAGUUCCGUCAACUACACCCGUCACUUGUCCUGAGGGACAUGAAAUGAUAUGUAGUUGGUCACAAUGGCUCAGUGUGGGAGCGUCUACACCCGGCCCUAAUGGUGGAGAGGAGGCAUCCAUUCAGCAAAUAAUCUCUGCUAGUCGUCGUAAGUGCUCAGCUGUAGAAGAAAUUAACUGCAGAGCUGUCCUUUACCCAACUCUUAGCAUGUCACAGCUAGGGCAAAAUGUGAUUUGCAACAAAGAUGUGGGUCUCUUAUGUAAAAACAAUCAACAAGGACCUCAGCAGGAGUGUUUUGAUUAUGAGAUGCAAAUCAAAUGCUGUGAGUGUCAAGGACCUACAUCUCCUUCUACCACAACUACAACAACCACAACCCAGACACCUAUAACUGGAACAACCACAACAUCUACUGUACAAACUGGCCACGUACCAGUAGAAACAUCAGCAACAUCUUCGCCUAUUUCUACGUCCCCAUGCACUUGUCAACAUAAUGGUGCACAGUUCAAUCCUGGAUCCACUGUCUACAAUGUGACAGACAGUGCUGGCUAUUGUUACACAGGCUACUGCAAUGAGACUUGUCAUGUAGUGAUAAAAUUCUACGAAUGUGAACCUGUCGACUGUGUCAAUGUAAAUCCUCCAAGAAAGGAUGGGGAAAUCUGGAAGGAAAGUAAUUGUCGUACAGGAAAAUGUGAAAAGGGCAAAGUGAAAUAUAAUGACAAAAUAUGUCCAACUAAGAAACCUAUAGUGUGUGCAAACAACUUCCCUGCUGUUGAAGUGAUGGAUGAUGAUGGAUGCUGCUCCCACUAUGAGUGCCAAUGUAUCUGCUAUGGUUGGGGAGACCCACAUUAUGUGACCUUCGAUGGAACCUACUAUAGUUUCCAAGGCAACUGUUCCUACUGGCUGAUGAAAGAGAUUUUGCCCAAAUACAACUUCAGCGUUAUGAUCGAUAACGACUACUGUGAGGCGCAUGACAGCCUGUCCUGUCCUCAGUCCAUCACCGUCUUCUACCAAGACUACAAAAUCUUCAUAACGCAGUCGGAUGUCAAUGGCGUUUUCACAAACCAUAUUUCUGUGAACGACAAGCCUGUAAGUCCUGCAUAUCAGAAUGGUGACAUCCGUUUAACUACCACCGGUAUUGGUACGGUGCUCGUCAUCCCCGAAAUUCAUGCCAAGGUCACAUUCUCAGGGCUCAUCUUUAGUAUCUACCUGCCCUACAGUGAAUUUGCAGGCAAUACAGUGGGGCAAUGUGGUACAUGUGACAACUACCAAGCAGAUGACUGCAUGUUGCCCACUGGUAAAAUUGAUCCUUCAUGUCCCAAUAUGGCACAUGAGUGGCAUACUAAUGACAGCUACUGCCCCCAACCUCAGCCUGAGCCAACACCAUCACCUACGCCUGCAGUCUGCAAUACAACCAUCUGUGAUAUCAUCAAGAGCAGUGUGUUUGAAGCUUGCCACAAACUCAUUGACUACACCUCAUUUGUUAAGGCAUGUGAGUAUGAUGUUUGCCACAUGCAUCUUUAUCACAUUGGCUGCACCAGCAUACAAACCUAUGCUGAUGUCUGUGCGGAGGCUGGACUGUGUAUUGACUGGAGAAGUGCCACCAAAGGAAUCUGUGAAUAUAAGUGUCAAAGCCCGAAAGUGUAUCAGGCCUGUGUCCCUCUUGUAGAGCCAACCUGCGAUUCCUGGUACAACGAGAAAUUCAUCUAUAGUGUUGAUCAGUUUAGUCCUAUGAUGAAUGUUAAGCUGGAGGGUUGCACCUGCCCAAACAACACAUUCCUUCUCUCUUCCACCUCAAAUGAAUGUGUUCCCACCUGUGAAAUCUGUCGUCUGCCCAAUGGAAAAUGGACAAAGGCCAAUGCGACAUGGACAGAAGGCUGUAAUGAGUGUAUAUGUGAAGAGGACACACUGCAGGUCUCCUGCCGUCCGGUUUCCUGUCCAACACAGCCACCACUCGGCUGUGACCAAGAAGGCAUGGUUAAAGUUAAUGAAACUGUGGGCUGCUGUCAAAAGGAGACGUGUGUGUGUGAUGUGAAGCAGUGUUCCCCUGUGCCACUUUGUGCUGUUGGCUUUACUCUCGAGACCACGAUGGGGGUCUGUUGUCCCAAAUAUGUAUGCGUGCCUAAAAGCCGUGUGUGUGUUUUUAACGGCCAAGAAUAUCGGGUUGGAGAUCAGGUACCGAUGAAACCAUGUGAGAAGUGCAUUUGUAGUGACCAGAUAGAUGUCGCCAACCAUCUUCACACAAUACAGUGCCAGCCUAUACCAUGUGACACGCACUGUCCUCUGGGUUUCGAGUACCAGAUCGUCUCUGGCCAGUGCUGUGGAAGAUGCAUCCAAACAAGCUGCAUUGUCACACUGCCAGACAAUACCACACAUACAUUAAAGGCUGGCAACAUUUGGACUCCUACUGGGUCCCCCUGUGUGAGGUACGAGUGUGUGCAAAUUGCCAAUCAGUUCAUCACCAUCGAGGCCAAGAUCAUCUGCCCACCCUACGACCCUACUAAUUGCAUACCGGGAACGGAGAUCAUAGCUCCAGACGGAUGCUGCCAUACCUGUAUUCAAAAGAAUCACUCAUGCAGUGUGUCCACAACUAGCGUCCAUCUGGAAAGCCAAGGCUGCCGCACCAAUGAACUGGUCAACAUUACAUCUUGCGCUGGGGCAUGCGGGACAUUCACCUUUUACUCCACCAAAAUGAAAGCUUUGGAGCACACCUGCUCCUGCUGCCGGGAGAUGACCACAUCUGAGAGGAAGGUCCAGCUCUCCUGUCCUGACAACACGGAGGUCACCCACACCUACACCUACAUUGAAUCCUGUGGAUGCCUCAAUACGGCGUGCGAAGCACGUGGGCUGCCCAGUACCUUGAAUGGCAGGUCACGUCGCCGAAGGAGAUAGGCAAAAAUCGAUGAGCAGAGAAAAGGCUACGUCUACCAUGCAUGAAGUUUUAGGACAUAACAGUCACAACUGAAUCAUUGUCACCUUCAUUUGCAUUCAUAAUUCCUCUAUUUAUGUCUAAUGUAUUAGUGUACCUAGUUUUAGCUUGAUGAUAUUGUAAUAAAGAUCAUAUUUUAGCUGCAA